GGGAUGAGUCAGGCUGUGGGAUGUUGCUGCCAUUUCAUCAGCACAAUUUCCAAACAAUUUCUCCGUCUUCGAAACGUGGAGGAAAAGGCGACGGGAUGAGCCGCUGUGUGUCUGAGUGAGCUGGUCUGUGCGGCUGUGAUCUGUUACCGAGCUUACAGAGAGUCUCUCAGUGUUGGGCGCGCUGCUGUGGGCUGCACCUGUUUACUCUCGCCGUUGUUUUGAUCGUUAUGCUGUAAGCGAGUACAGCAGGCUGGAGCAGGUGUCUCUCUCUGCUCUGGCUUCUUAUCUCUCCGUGCGCUUUCUAGAAAGUCCACCAUCCUUUCAGGAGCAUGGAGUCUGCCUUCACUGAGCUCUGAGCAGCCCAGACAAACGCAGGUCUCACUGUUGAUCUCCAUAGAGCCGGACAGCCAUGGAAGCGAUAUGGCUUUACCAGUUUCGUCUGAUCGUCAUUGGAGACUCCACGGUCGGCAAAUCCUGUUUGAUCAGGCGCUUCACUGAGGGACGCUUCGCACAGGUGUCUGACCCCACAGUCGGAGUGGAUUUCUUCUCUCGCCUGGUCGAGAUUGAGCCAGGCAAACGAAUCAAACUCCAGAUUUGGGACACUGCGGGUCAGGAGCGCUUCAGGUCCAUCACCAGGGCGUACUACCGCAACUCUGUGGGUGGCCUGCUACUCUUCGACAUCACAAACCGGCGUUCCUUCCAGAACGUUCAUGAGUGGCUGGAAGAGGCGCGCAGCCACGUGCAGCCGCACAGCAUCAUCUUCCUGCUGGUGGGCCACAAGUGCGACCUAGAGUCCCAGCGGCAGGUGACGCGGCAGGAAGCGGAGAAGCUGGCUGCAGCAUACGGCAUGCGCUACGUGGAGACCUCAGCACGCGACGCCAUAAACGUGGAGAGGGCCUUUACAGAGCUGACACGGGAUAUCUUUGAGCUGGUGAAGCAUGGUGAGAUCGUCAUUACAGAAGACUGGGAGGGGGUCAGGAGUGGAUUUGUGCCCAACGUGGUGCACUCGUCGGAGGAGGUGACCAAGAGUGAGCGCAGGUGCUUCUGUUGAUCCACCUGAAAACUCCCAUGACCUGACCCUCACUUAUUCAGGAUCCCUACAAUCAGAGGGCAAGCUUUUGGCCCUCAGUUAAGACAUAACCCCUUGCCUGCCUGCUGAAUGCUUCCUAAGUCUCUACCCAGCCCCUCCACUAUUCCAUAGAGUUACUGCCUAACCAUUCACAAGACCAGAGCACACCGACCUGAGAAACACCAACAAAUGUUGGCUGUUGAUUUAGAUUGUUUAGAAAAAGAACCAAAUGAAUCAGUGUGAAUGAGCGAGAAUGAUCUAGAUGAGUGUGAAUGGAAAAGAAUAUUCUAGAACAUCCAAACAAUUGCACAUAAGUGUGGCACACCAAACAAAUGUUUGAGCUUGUUGGGUCGGAAUGCUUUGGCUUUGACCAAUGAAAAAAGGAUACAUUGCAGCACCUUUAAUCUCCCCCCUAAAAGGCCAAACAGAACCUUACUUCUGCACCUUACCCUUAUCUACACAUCUGUCAAUCAUUUGAAAGCCAUGAGAUGUUUCCCAUGAGGCUACACUGUCUCCAGAGACUGGGCCUGCUGAAGGUAUUCACAGAGACUGUUCUACAAGAAGAAAAAUCAGAGACAGUGCAGUUGUUUACUUGCAGACUUUUAUGUGAUGACUACAGAAAGAACUGCUGUUUGGUGCUCAGAACGCUAAUUUGCUGCUUGAGCUAAA